AUGUCUCAUAAUCCUAAAACACCUUCGAAUUCGAGAUAUCGCUCUCGAUCAGAGGCGAAGAUGCCACUCACACCCUCCCUCACUGCUGGUCUGAAUUCACUCAGUCUCGCCCCGUCGUCGACGAAAUCGAGAUCAGACUUGUCUAUGGCAAAUCCUUUCUUGUUGAGUCGCCCAGGAUCUCCUACUAUGCGGGGAACAUCUGGAAGUACUAGUGCUAGCACGAGCAAGGGCAAGAGCAAGAGCAGGCCCGCGUCGCCCAUCAAGCGACAAACGAGUGGCGCCCUCCAAGUUUCAGAGAGCCUGCAUCGCCAGGCGAGCACUGGAGUCUUGAGGAAGGGCGGUGUAGAGAGCAAACUGGACGUGAUCACGCACGACUACGUGCCGCCCAAGUCGGAGAAGAGGUCAAAAUCUCAGCCUUCGAGGGACACCCGUGAUAGGUUCAUUACUGUGCGCGACCCUACAGAUGAGGUAGCGGCGACACUCGACUUGAUGUCGCUGAACCCGCAAUCUGCGUCGCCUGGGCACACGGCACGCCUCGCGGCUGCCACUGGUGUGCCACUGAACCGACGUGUUCUUUCUUACCAUGAGCCCCCACCAGCAUCGUCCUCGGACCCUCUCCUUGCACAGGCGCGCGAGUUUGCCAGGCCGCUUUACGCACGGCCGGGUGCUCUGCCGAACUCUACAUCCUCAACCACCAGCAAGGGCAGGAAGAUUGCGACUCAGCCAGAGCGCGUGCUAGACGCGCCCGGCAUGGUGGACGAUUUCUACCUCAAUCUAGUCGCGUGGAGCUCGCUGAACAUACUUGCUGUCGCGCUUGCAGAAAAUACAUACAUCUGGCGCGCAGAUUCGGGCGAGGUCGUGCACUUGGGCGAGGCCCCAGAGGCGACGUACGUCGCUGCGGUCGACUUUUCGAACGAUGGACAGUUUCUGGGUGUCGGACUUGGCUCGGGCGCAGUCGAGCUCUGGGACGUGGAAACGCAGACGAAGUUGCGCACGAUGGCAGGGCAUGCGAGCCAAGUUGCGUGCCUGUCGUGGUACGAGCACCUGCUGACCUCCGGGUGUGGAGACGGCAGCAUUUGGCAUCAUGAUGUGCGUGUUGCACGGCACAAAGUCGGAGAGCUCAUGGGACACCAGGGCGAGGUGUGUGGGUUGAAGUGGCGGAGCGAUGGCGAGCUCCUCGCCAGUGGUGGAAAUGAUAACGUAGUGAACGUCUGGGACGGGCGUGUCGGAGACGUCUCGCCGGGAACUCGAUCCGCUGCUCGCUGGACGAAGCGAAACCAUACUGCUGCUGUCAAGGCAGUUGCAUGGUGCCCGUGGCAGCCGUCCCUACUGGCGUCAGGCGGUGGUACGUCCGACGCGACGGUGCAUAUAUGGAACACCACCACCGGUGCGCGCCUGCAUUCGCUGGUCACGCCGUCGCAGGUCACGUCGAUCCAAUGGUCUCCGCACAAGAAGGAAUUCCUCACAACGCACGGCUACCCGACAAACGCGCUCAUGGUGCAUUCCUAUCCUUCGAUGGAACGCGUCGUCGAGAUCCGUGACGCGCACGACUCGCGCGUGCUCUGGAGCGCGCUGGGCCCUGCUGGUGACAUGGUGUGCACGGGGGCGGGAGAUGAAAAUCUGAAGUUCUGGCGCAUCUGGGAUGUGCCUAGGGUCAAGAAGGGCAAAGAGGCGAAGGACACUGGCAGAACCAGCAGCACUAGGAGUGGGAUUUUGAGCAUCCGGUAG